CUGCGCAGAGCGGCGGCGGCGGGGCGGAAGCGGCGGCGGGGCGGGCCGGGCCGCGGUCUCGGUCUCCGUCCGGUGCGACCCCGCCACCCUCGGGCGGCCAUGGCGGAGCCCCCGCGGCCGCAGCGGAAGCUGUCGCGGGUCGGGGAGAGCCUGUACCGCGUGCUGGGGCUGCAGAAGGGCAGCUCCCCCGAGGAGAUCAAGAAGGCCUAUCGGAAGCUGGCCCUCAAAUACCAUCCAGACAAGAACCCCGAUGACCCCGCGGCGGCCGAGCGCUUCAAGGAGAUCAACAGCGCCCACGCCACGCUGAGCGAUGCGGACAAGCGCCGCCUCUACGACCAGUACGGCUCCCUGGGCCUCUACGUGGCCGAGCAGUUCGGCGACGAUGCUGUCCGGCACUACUUCCUCAUGUCCAAGUGGUGGUUCCAGGCACUGGUGCUGUGCUGCGGUGCCCUCACCUGCUGCUGCUGCUGCUGCUGCUGCUUCUUCUGCUGUGGGACGUGCUGCCCACCCAAGGAGGACGAGUCCUACAAGUACGUGGACCCCAAGGACCUGGAGGCACAGAUGCGCGCAGAGGACGGCGAUCUGCAGAUCCCUGUGGUAGCACAGCCCCCGCCUGCCAGCACGGAGCCGCUGCCAGCCAGCACCAGGAGCGACGCCUGAGGCUGGCCCCAUCCCCCCGACUCCCCCGGGACUCCCGGCAGGGAUUCUCCUUUGUACUGUCACUUUCUGGGACCAUGGUCCCGCCCCCCGGGCUGCCUCAUCGGCCUCGGGAGGGAUAGAAUCUCAGGUUAAUUUGGCCAGCAUCAAUGCACAGGCUCUGGGCCCCUGCUCGAGCUCCAGGGCAGUGCCCCUGCAUGCCAGCAGUGGUGCUGGCAGUGGCCUGGAGCCCGCGCUGCCGGGCCCCCUUAGUGCCUUGCCUGUGCCCAUGCCGGGCACCGAGCAGCAGGCACGGGCAGGGCUGCUCCAGGCCGAGCCCAAGACCAUUAGCACUGUAACCUCAGGGGCUGGGCUGAGCCCGCCGCCCCUCACGCCGCCCUCCCGACGGUGCUGGUGCCAAACGCUGCUGCGGGGUCGGGGUGCCGCUGUCUGUACCCUUUCCUCUGCCCUCUGGGUUUGUCUGGGAUUUUGUGGGCACCAUUAAAGGCUGACGGGAGGGGA